AUGCACGUCGGCUCGCGGAGGGCUCACGAAUGGAUCUUCUUUUCUGAGAACAUGACAGUGGGAUUUCUUCGCCGAACCCGCAAGUCUCACAAGAUGGUCUUCGGCUCAUGCGGCAUGUGGACUCACGUUGCAGAUGCUGCAGGUGGUUCCUCCAUUUGUCUCCGGGGCUUUGGCUGCGAACCUGGUGUCCGGUUAUGGAACCUCGACUUCCGGUAUGAAGGCGCUGCGCCUUGGUUGCUUCAUCAUAUAUAUAUUUAUUUAUUUAUCUAUUUACAUAUUAUAUCUAUCUAUCUAUCUAUCUAUCUACCUAACUAUCUAUCUAUAUCUAUAUCUAUAUCUAUAUCUAUUAUCUAUCUAUCUAUCUAUCUAUCUAAAUAA